AUGGCGCUCGCAUCGGGCUCCGACAGCGGCGGAGGGGGGAGCGACUUCUCCGUGAGGGUGAUAGGCUCCAACUUCGCAGUGGACGCCGGCGCGGCGCUCCUCGCCUCCCCUACCGACCGCGAGGUGUGGCACGACUGUGUCCCCGACCUCGGCGACGACUUCUCCGACCUCGAGGAGCUCCAGGUGGUCCGCGUGCAGGGCGCGGACAGAUCCGGCCGGCCCGUCAUCCGGGUCGUCGGCAAGUUCUUCCCCAGUGUCAUGCCCGCGACCGGGUUCGGAGCGCUCAGAUCGAAGGUGGCCGAGCACUGGUACGAGGUCUACAAGAUGGAUAAGCAGGGGGCCAACCUCUGGUUCAUCUACUGGUGGGAGGACAAGACAUGUAUAUUUGACAUGAAUGUGUAUUGCCUGGCUUAA